AUGGAUGCAAAUUAUCGAUUUCGUAAUAAAGAAUGUAGUCGAGAUUUACUUGAAGAUUUGUACGAAUGUGGUGGAAUUGGAGACGAUGAUAUAAUUGGGAUUGAUUGGUUGAAUAAUGGAUCAUGGACUACAUAUAAAUUGAGUAGCCUUGAGUAUUCUGAAUAUUUCCGCGAAACUGAAAAUCUUCAGCUUCAUCAGAACCACCUGGAGAGAGCGAAGAUUCCAGCCAAACUGCGAAUGGUGAAUCUGAAUCAGUCGACUAUAAGAUCUGGUGUGUCUGAGAAAAAAAAUAGUCUCGACUUCCCACCUACAGAUUUUAUUUCAGGAUUGCUUGAAAUCAUCAAUAUUCUACCACAGGUUUCUCGACCAAAAGAAGAACGCAAUGAAACUUUCUUGGCUGAAAAAAAUGAUCCGCGAUUGCCACUUAUUGAUUCGUGUUCGCCGGAAUUGGCAGUUCCAGGAUCGGUCGAAAUCAUCAAUAUUCUACCGCAGAUUCCUCCACCAAAAGAAGAUCGCGAUGAAGCUCUAGCUGUUCCACACGAUUCCGAAAAUGGGUUGCUCGAAAUCAUCAAUAUUCUUUCUCGGGUUCCUCGACCAAAAGAAGAUUGCGAUGAAACUCUUGCCGUUCCACACGAUUCCGAAAAUGAAAAACCUGAAACGUCCACACUGACUGAAAUGCCCCAAAUCCAGGUGAUUAAGGAAGACGUCGAUAUUCUGGAAAUGAGCAAUUCGAAAGAGAAUAACGAACGUGAAGACUGUCAUAAGCUCGAAAGUGAAAAAAUUGACAAAAAUGACCCGGCCAUCGAGAGCUAUCAGAAUUCUCUGUUUAGUUGGUGUUGUUGUGCAAGAUUAUGGUAG